ACAGUUUAUGGACAAGCACAACAAACGUGAGCUGGAAAGCGUUAGGAUCCAUGCAGUAAUGAGCAAGACACGUUCUCACUCAGUGACAUGUCAGCACGGCCAGACUGCAAGGGUUUAAAUCCUGCACGGAUUAAUGUUUUAUCAACUAAACUGUGCCACUGAAGGAACUGUCUUUAUAGUGGAUUCGCUACUUUGAUAAUGACUCAUUGUCUUUAUUAAGAAAGCUGCUAAUGGACGGCAGACAGAAGGAGCAUUACACUCAAAGACAAGACACAUCAGCUCUCAGACAUCGAAAAACAUGUAAGACAAUCGAGGGGGCUGAGUGCCUCUCUCAGCCUUCUAUUGAGGCUUCUAACGGGGCGAAUAAAAGGAUCCCCAAACGAGGAGGACACCUCAGUUCUCCUUCCAGAGAUGAUCAUGUGUCAGUUUUUACUCUGGUCCUGGUGCUUGUGCUUUCUGUGUCUACACGCUUUUACAAAAUCAGUGAACCUGCACAUGUAUGCUGGGAUGAGACUCAUUUUGGAAAAAUGGGAAGCUAUUACAUUAAUCGCACCUUCUUCUUUGAUGUCCAUCCACCACUUGGAAAGAUGCUGAUCGGCCUUGCUGGAUACCUGACGGGCUACGAUGGGACCUUUCCGUUUAUAAAACCAGGGGACAAAUAUGAGCACCACAACUAUUGGGGGAUGAGAGCGUUUUGUGCAGCUCUUGGUUCCUGUCUUCCUCCUUUUGCCUUCCUUAUUGUUCUGGAGUUGUCACACUCUACACCAGCAGCUCUCAUCGCAGCCUCUCUGCUUGUCUUUGACACUGGCUGCAUCACCCUGUCUCAGUACAUACUCCUGGAUCCCAUUCUAAUGUUUUUCAUCAUGGGCUCUGUUCUGUGCAUGGUCAAAUUCAACACACAGAGACUCAGGCCUUUCAGCUUCUCCUGGUGGUUCUGGCUGCUUCUGACGGGGGUCUGCCUCUCUGGGUCUCUGGGGGUCAAGUUUGUAGGGCUGUUUGUCAUUCUCUUGGUGGGAAUUAACACGGCGUUUGAUCUGUGGAGCCUGCUUGGGGACGUCAGCUUGUCUCUGGUGGAUUUUGGGAAGCAUUUAUUAGCUCGAGUUUUCGGGUUGAUAAUGCUCCCAUUGUUCCUGUACACUACAAUAUUUGCCGUCCACUUCAUUGUCUUAAACAGAAGCGGUCCUGGGGAUGGUUUCUUCAGCUCUGCUUUCCAGUCUCGCUUGAUUGGAAACAAUCUGCACAAUGCCUCCAUGCCAGAGUAUCUGGCAUAUGGCUCUGUCAUAACUGUGAAGAAUCUGCGAAUAGCAGGAGGGUAUCUGCACUCUCACUGGCACCUUUACCCAGAAGGGGUUGGAGCUCACCAGCAGCAGGUUACAGCCUAUUUGCACAAAGAUUAUAACAACCUGUGGUUAGUCAAGAGACCAGACAACUCUGACGAUCUCACAGGGCCAGCAGAACUGGUACGACAUGGUGACAUAAUUCGACUGGAACACAAAGAAACUACAAGAAAUCUUCAUAGUCAUUUCCAUGAAGCCCCACUGACCAAAAAACACCUGCAGGUUACCGGUUACGGCAUUAAUGGAAGUGGAGACGUGAAUGACUUGUGGCAGGUGGAGGUUUGUGGAGGGAAGAAAGGAGAUCCGGUGAAGGUGCUGCGUAGUAAAGUGCGUUUUCUCCAUCGCUCUACAGGCUGCGUGCUCUGCUCCUCUGGAAAGACCCUUCCCAAAUGGGGAUGGGAGCAAGUGGAGGUCACAUGUAGCCCAUAUGUCAAAGAGACCCCCAACACACAGUGGAACAUUGAGGAUCACGUCAACCCUAAACUGCCCAACAUCAGUCUUGCAGUGCUCAAACCAACUUUCCUGGAGAUCCUCUGGGAGUCUCAUAUUGUGAUGAUCAGGGGAAACAGUGGUUUGAAGCCUAAAGACAAUGAGAUGAACUCUAAGCCCUGGCACUGGCCCAUCAACUAUCAGGGUUUGAGGUUUUCUGGUGUGAAUGAGACCGAGUACCGUGUUUAUCUUCUCGGAAACCCUGUCAUCUGGUGGCUGAAUCUCUUGAGUCUGGCUCUGUUUGUUUUAAUGCUGACUGUGGCGUCUUUAGCAACACAGAGAGGAGUGAAGAUGGAGGGAAUGAGAAAAGUGCACUGUCGCACUCUCAUGGAGGGUGGUGGGAUGCUGCUUUUGGGUUGGCUCUUACACUACCUCCCGUUCUACAUAAUGGGUCGCAUACUCUACUACCACCAUUAUUUUCCUGCCAUGUUGUUCAGCAGUAUGCUCACAGGUAUAACUCUGGACAUCUUCCUCCAGAAUUUACAGCUUCUCUUUAGUUCGUCCAUAUCCCAUCAUCUUGUGAGGGGAGGACAGUGUAUACUUCUGUUGGGGUUCAUCUACAGCUUUUAUCUCUUCCACCCUCUCUCCUAUGGCAUGAGGGGGCCGCUGGCACAUGACCCUGCCUCCUCCAUGGCUGGCCUCAAGUGGAUGGAAUCCUGGGAAUUUUAGACAAUUUUAGACAGUUUUGAAGUGUCCAGGAUUUCAUAAUGUGUUUUUAACCAUUUCAGAUGUUACAUGUUGACUAGCUCAUUUCAUUGCGGAAGGACAACCUUGAUUCUUCUGUUAGGCUGUGAUGAAACUUUUAAAAUAGUAUUUUAAAGUUAUAAUGUUUUACAGUUGUGUAUUUUACAAUAAAGUUUGAUGGUGUUUAA